AUGGCGUCGUUCUGUGGAGUUCGCCCCAAUCCCUGCUCGGGGAAGCAGCUGGAGGAGCGGUCCAAGGAUGCGCCGUCGCUGCCGCCUCAUGCAGAGGUUGUCAAGGGAUUCUUCGUCCAUAAUCUCGGGAUGCAGGAGCUCCCCGAGGUCUCCGAGAAGGGGGAAUUCGGAUCAGCCCUCAUCCGGAGGGCCCUCAAGUUGGAGGCGGCCGAGCGCGGGCAUGUCGCCUUCUCUCUGACCGUCAUUCCGCAGCUCACCGUGAGUUCAUUUGUGCUGUCACGGAGAUCGAUUCGUUUUUCCAGUUCCUCUUGUUUAUUUGGAUUCUGAUGCCUGUCCUCUUCGACUUGUCGCCAAUUUGAAAUAAACCUGAAAGAACUACUACAAUACCCUGCACGGUGGAGCGGUUGGGGCGGCAGCGGAGGUGGUCGCGCAGGCCUGUGUGAUGACAGUGGCGGGGGAUAAGGAGUUCUUCCUUGGGGAGUCGAGCUUCACCUACCUUGCAUCUUCCAAGAUCAACGUGCGUAAGCUCACUCUCUCUCUCUCUCUCUCUCUCUCUCUCUCUCUCUCUCUCUCUCUCUCUCUCUCUCUCUCUCUCUCUCUCUCACACACACACACUUCCAGCGACACGUGCUUUAAUUCUUCUGAGACGCGCGUUUGUCCUCUCGUACCGCUCUCAUUCUUCCUAGUUGUCUAGUCAGGUCAAGGUCGGGAUAAGCGAUUCUCAAGCGUGAUACGCAAAUUUGAGCCUCUCUGUGAUUCUCAAAGGCUUCUGUAAAAAAAUAAAGGGAUAUGUUACAGGAAUAAUUCAUUUACUGCCACCAGUGUUGAGUUUGAAGGGGGGAAAUUGAGGGACUAAGUUAAGAAGAUACCUGUAGAAGACGGAAAGGAAUAUAAAAUAUUCAGAUUUUAGCAUCGAUGCUUUUGUCAGUCAUGUCAGAAUAAGCGGCCAAGAUGGGGGAGCAAGACCUCAUUUUUCUUUUAUGACAGUUGAUAUGCUGUGAUCUAAUGAUCUUUGACCUGUACAUAAGCCAUUGGGUCUAAGGGUUGAAUGGGCAAAUUGGAUUGAGAUGAAUUGUUAGUAAUAACUAAGCCAGUACGAUAAUAAGGUUCAGAAAAUGUAAAAAAUAAAUUAUAAGACAUUAAACUUCGACUUAAUUAUUCUUUAUUUAACACAUGACGGUUAUCAAUUACUGGCGAUUGUCUAUGACGAUUAAAUUGUGAAGAGACAGAAGCAUUUAGAAUGCUGGACAGACCAAUCCUCUCAACCUUUUGGUAAUUUGGAAAGGUAUCUCUCAGGGAGAAUUUUCUUGAUGUUGAGUUUCGGGAUUAUAAUGUUUGUAAAGUGAAUUGAGGUCCUAAGCUGAUAAGUGGUGGUCAAGUCCACACCUUGAGCAGUUUUUUACCAACAUUUCCGACUUGUACAAAUUCAAAACAGCAGAUCACAUCUGUAGAACUCUACUCUACACGACAUGCCACAAUUCAGAAUAAGCCUUGAAGCAAUCUUAAAUAUUGCUUUGAAGGAAGGUGUUGAAGGCUGUAUAUUUUGGAGAUGAAAUCUCAAAGGAAGGUUUUGAGAUUUAUUGACGAUGUAGUUGCUCGGCAAAGAGAAGAGGUAACUACUGUGUGCCAGAGCGAAAGAUUGGUCUAUGAAAAUUUAGGGCGAUGAAGGACAAUAUUCAUCUGUCCUGAGAUGUUCCAGGGUUUGACAUGGUCUCCGUCAUUUUCGUGUUGACUAUGGGGAUGUUGUACAGCCCCUAGAGAAUAUGUUAGGCCCAUGUACCCUCCUUUCUUUUUAAUGUUGAAUGCAUAUGGGGUACUAUUAGCUUAAUAAUCACGGGAGGUUGUAAAACAUGAUGGACGAACCUAUAUGGGGAUUUUUUUUCCCUACAAGGAUCAAAACUGUCGUCUUGUGGUCGCCAAUGGUCAGUGAUCAUGUAGGAUGAUGACUAGGAAGUUAUCUCGCUGCCUGCCGGAUGCACGGAUUAUUUAUGGAGUAUGUGGUCUGAGAGGACAGAUUAUCUAUUUGCGAAUAGUGGAAUCAUUAACGCCAUCUAGAUCUUCUUUCUUCUUUUUUUUCUUCUCCUAGACAUAACGUGGAUUGAGAAAGAAAGUAUCACAGAUUUGUGAAAAUGGUUGGAAGAUCUCAUCCUAUCUUACUGUCACAAAGGGAAGUGGAAACUUUUCAUGCUGGCUGUGCUAUGAGUUAUAGGAAAGAUGGAGGACCAGGAGGAAAUUCUGAGGGAGGCAAUUGUCAAAAUCACCAAUGAUACAUUGGUGUCAGAAUGGAGGAUACAAGUUAGGAGAGAGAAAAAAAUGAUUAGCAUCGGGUGAGAGGCUUUUGUCGGAGUCAUCAAGGAUACAGCUAUGUUGGCUACAGAAUGGAAGAUUGCAGCUAUUUUCCCACUUUUCCUUGAGGUUGCUUGCUUCUCAAUCUUUCUUUUCUGAUUGACCCCUUUGUUUAAUUCCUUCCAGUUGUAAUUGAAGUGUGCAUGGCUCAGUUUCUUUAUUGCUACCUUGAUGGAUUAGGGCUUUUUUUCUUCUUCUUCUUCAUUUCCUGCCAUCUAUCUGGUCUGUUCCAAACUAGGUAUUGGCCCUUUUUGUACGUUUUUAAAUGAACGACGAUGUUUUCACUGCUCUCCAAGAAUUCUACUUUAAUGCAGACAGUGGGUAAAAGGUAAAUUUGUUUUCAUUCCAGAAUUCGUUAAAUCCUAAAUAGUCAAUUAAUGUUUUCAUAUUGAGCCAUUUUAUCAAUUGAACUUGCACCACAAUGCUUACCCUUUUCUUCACACUCCCCAGUCCCGUGGUCGGUCAUGUCUUCCCACCGUCUUCAACAAUUUCUAUGUUGAUAAAUCAUUAUGCAGGAAAGAUAAAUACAGAUACUUGCCUCGAUGGCUUAGUGUCCGAUGUAAUAUUUAAGCUUUUCUUGAUCCAUUGCGUAUCAAGCAAGCACGAUCACGGCGCCCGUUAUGAUACAUGAUAGGCCCUGCCCUUGUCCUAAGGUGGAUAAUACAAUACAUGCAGGAACAAUUGGACGUUGAUGGAUAUAUACUAAGGCAAGGGAGAAAUGUCGUGGUGGCCUCUUUGGAGUUUAAGGCAAAGAAGACCCGAAAACUGAAAUAUGUGGCUCACUUAACCUUUUACAGUACGGCAUCUGCAAGAUUAUGA